GGUAGAAUUAUUAGGACAAUAUACCUUUAUUUAUAGUCAUAAGAAAAUCUGUGGUAAAAAAAAUUUGAAUUGUUCGUUGAUUGGCUAAACUCUGUCGCCAAGUCAGUAAGUAAGUGGUAGAAUUUAAUUAGGACAUCGAGCCCUCGAUCCUAAUCACCAAUCCCUGAUUGCUAGACAGAGAGCUAGAGAGAAUGGACGUGAAGGAAGCACUUUUCAUGAACGGAGGAGAAGUAGAAUCAAGCUAUGCUCAACACGCACGCUCUACGAAAAUAGUGACUUCCAUAACCAAACCUAUACUGGUAAAUGCGGUUCAUUCUCUAUUCUCAGAAGAUUUCCACCGGAAAAAAGUUCUCAACGUGGCCGAUCUCGGUUGCGCGGCCGGGCCGAACCCUUUUUCCGUCAUUUUAACUGUCAAAGAAAGCUUGGAGAGGAAAUGCAAGGAGUUAAAUUGCCAACCGCCGGAGCUUCAGGUUUACUUGAACGAUCUUCCCGGUAAUGAUUUCAAUUCGCUCUUCAAAGACUUGUCUAGAGUCGGUGAAGAUCAAAAGAGUGAUGUUCUUCUUCCAUGCUUUGUGAUGGGAGCUCCUGGUUCUUUCUAUGGCCGCCUCUUUCCUCGCAGCUCGUUGCAUCUUGUUCAUUCCUGCUACAGUGUCCACUGGCUCUCUCAGGUACCCAAAGGACUUACAAGCAAGGAAGGCUUGCCGUUGAACAAGGGGAAGAUCUAUAUAUCAAAGACAAGCCCUCCUGUUGUAGCAGCAGCCUAUCUAGCUCAAUUUAAAGAAGAUUUCACCUUGCUUUUGAAGUCUCGUGCCGAAGAGAUGGUUCAAAAUGGUCGUAUGGUCUUGAUACUUCAUGGUCGACAAGCCUCGGAUCCUUGGGGCAAGGAGAGCUGCUACCAUUGGGAAAUAUUAGCCGAGGCCAUAUCUGAGAUGGUUUCACUGGGCUUGGUUGAUGAAGAGAAGUUGGACUCCUUCAAUGUACCAUACUACACGCCAUUAAAGGAGGAAGUGCAAGAUAUAGUUGACAAGGAGGGAUCAUUCGCAGUUGAACAUAUAGAGACAUUUACACUUGAUCUUGUAGACAAACAAGAGAGUGAUACAAGGGCUAAGGGAGAACAACUUGCCAAGAAUAUCAGGUGCUACACUGAAUCAAUCAUCUCUUACCAAUUUGGAAAGGAAAUAACGGAGAAAGUGUAUCACAAGUUGACCCAAAUUGUAGUUAAGGACAUGGCCAACAGAUCACCGACGAACACAAGCUUUGUUGUUGUGCUUAGCAGGAGCAUGGGAUAGCUCAAUAUUCUCAACUUGAAUCAGG